GAACUGUGAAGAAUAGACCGGGUCAAGUGAACGGCACCGUCACUUUAUGAACUUCCGGCGCUGAAAAAUAAUAAUGAUAAUAAAUGGUAAUCGUAACACACAACGUGAAGCGAGGAAAGGAAGUGUCAAACAACGCAGCCAGGCAUUCAACGCGGGACGAUUAACGCACUAUGGGAGAUUAAUAGUACACCUGUAUCUGAACCGGUGCUAUAUUAACGCAGCUCGAGCUUUGAUUUAACUCACAUCGUUAAUCUGUGAAUUGUAACAGACGUUGACACGCCGUCGACGACUCUGCCAUGCGGGUUGCAGCUGGUAAGGUCGCUGAAGCAACUGUUUUGUGAAAUCAUAAUCCUGCCUGAAAAUAACAUGUGAUCUUUGACGUUUGGUAACGACGAUGAAGAGUGAAGUGAAAUUUCAUCAGAAUGCUAGUUGUAGGCACCGUAAACACAAUUCGAAGUGGAUCGUGAUUAUACGAUUGUGAUUUUCCAACUCAUAUUUGUAUUAUAAACGCAAUUUAAGGCUAUGAACCCGUGUGCUUCCCCUUUUGGGUGGAAUGGCUGCAAAAUUAUCAAUGUUGUAUAUUUCCUGGUUUUCACUGAGGGCGAAACCACUUGGAUUACGCAUAUUUCGACACGGUGUAAGUGUCUUUGAGAACAGCGCUGUUUGUGCGGUGAACAAAGUGUUGUACAGAGAUACUACUUAAAGCUCGUGUGUAUGUGAAUGUCUUGGUAAACAACAGACAAUCCCCCACAUACCAGGGUACCUCGUUUCCCUUGUGCGCUCUUGACCCUCAGCUCAUUCCAGAGUUCGGUGUACUGCAAGGUUGUGUAUUCAUCGACUGAUGUUAAAAUGCUACACACAGUUUUCUGCUUGUGGUUAUGUUACUUCAGUAUAACAUGGGCUCCGUCUCCCACAACAUACGUCCAGCUGGCUGUGAUUGUUCCUGAUGACACGCAACGCCUGUUUUCGUCUCACCACAUCGCACCUGUCCUCGACGUUGUUAUAACCCACGUGACCAAACGGUCCCUACUACCACGUGUCAACAUCACUGUGCAGUACGGAGAUUCAAAGUGUAAUUCCAAAGAAGCUCCUCUGAAGGCCUUUGACUUUUAUCGCAAUAAAAAGGUAGAUAUCUUCCUGGGACCGAUUUGUGAUUACAGCCUCGCUCCCGUUGCGCGGUAUGCGCCAUAUUGGAAUAUCCCCGUCGUGUCCCCAGGAGGGUUUGCGCAUGAUUUUGGUGCAGACAAACACAGUCCGGAUGCUGAAUAUUCGACCUUGACACGAGUGGGAGUGACCUUCAACUCCCUGGCAGUGUCACUGAUUAAGAUCACACGUCAUUAUAAGUGGACUCGGAUAAAGGUUAUCUAUGAAGGUGAAGGUCACAAAGACGUUACGCCUCGUUUCUGUUUCUUGGCGGCGUCAGCGCUGGUUUUCUACAGCAAAGAGAGUAAACUGGAUUACGAUUUCCACAUCUUCCUACCAGGGAUACAUGACACUGAGAGCCUGCUGAAGGAGGAGGUCGGGGUGGAGUUUAACAUCAUCGUGCUGUGCGCUUCCCCUGACUCCGUGAGGGAGAUAAUGAUCAAGGCGCAUGAGCUCAACUUCGACAAUGGCGAAUACGUCUUCUUCAACAUCGACCUGUUCUCGAGUAAGAACGCCAGCGAGAGACCAUGGUUCCGUGAGAACGACACAGAAGACCGCAACAAGAAAGCAAGACUUGCGUACGAAGCAUUGAUGACCGUGACCUUGAGAAAACCGACGAGUCCUGAGUACAGGCGUUUCUCGGAGGAGGUGAAAAGAAGAGCUGCCCAAAUGUACAAGAACUUCACUUACGGGGAGGAGGAGGUGAACAGUUUCGUGGGUGCGUUCCACGACGCAGUCAUCCUGUACGCCCUGGCGCUCAACGAGACGCUGGAGGCGAACGGCUCCAUCUCCGACGGUGCUGCCAUCACACGUCGCAUGUGGAACAGAACGUUUGAGGGCAUCACGGGGACUGUCAGCAUUGACGCUAACGGAGAUAGGAACGCCGAUUACUCGCUGCUGGAUCUUAAUCCGGAGUCAGAGAAGUAUGAGGUAGUGGCUAAUUACUAUGGCAACCGGCGACGCUACGAACCUGUUGCUGGGAAGAGAGUGUACUGGGCGGGGGGACUGGACUCUCCCCCUGCGGACACGCCCGAGUGCGGUUUUGACGGGUCGAAAUGUCCCCCUGACGAACCCUUCCCCGAAUAUGGCAUCGUCAUCAUUGUCCUCGGAUCUGUCCUCCUCGUGGUCCUCAUUGUCACAUUCUUCGUGUACAGGCACAUCCGACUUGAGGCGGAGCUGGCGGAGAUGAACUGGAGGGUAAAGUGGGAGGACAUUAUGUUCGGGGCCCCGGAGAAGAACCGCAAGCUGGAGAGACAGGGAAGUCGGUAUAGCCUGAACAGGAGGUACUCGUACGUGAGUGACUGUUCACGGGACACGAUCGCUGUACAACUGGGAGAUGUCAACAGACAACUGUUUACCAAGACCGGAUACUUCAGGGGAGCGAUUUUAGCUAUCAAAAUCAUACCAAGACAGCAUAUCACCAUCCAUAAGCCCUUGCUGCUGGAGGUGAAGAAGAUAAAAGACUUGCAGAACGACCACCUCGUGAGGUUUAUAGGUGCUUGUAUAGAUGCCCCUCACCAAUGUAUCCUCACGGAGUACUGUCCUAAAGGAAGUUUACAGGAUGUCCUGGAGAACGACCAGAUCAAGCUGGACUGGAUGUUCCGAUACUCUAUAAUGCAGGACAUCGUAAGGGGCAUGGCAUAUUUGCACAGUACAGACGUCCAUUCCCAUGGCAACCUGAAGAGCACCAACUGUGUUGUCGACAGCAGGUUCGUCGUCAAGAUCACAGACUUCGGUCUCCACUACUUCCGGGAGUCGGACGACGACAUGGCAGAGGACACGUAUGCCUUCUACCGAAGUAAACUGUGGACGGCACCCGAACUACUGCGCAUGACCAAUCGGCCACCAGAGGGCUCCAACAAAGGUGACGUGUACAGUUUCGCCAUCAUCUGUCAGGAGAUUGUCUAUAGGAACGGGGUCUUCUACUUGCAAAACUUGGACGUCGGACCGCAGGAAAUCUUGGAGAAGUUAAAAAGCGGCCUGAGACCCUACUUCCGGCCAACCAUCGAGGAGUUUGACUGCCCGUGUGAUGAGCUAGCUGAGGUCAUCAAGAGGUGUUGGGCGGAGGACCCCGUCGAGAGACCUGACUUCCAGUCUCUUAAAACUAUCAUUAGGAAAUUGAACAAGGAAGGUGACAAGGGCGACAUCCUUGACAACCUGCUGUCCCGGAUGGAGCAGUACGCCAACAACCUAGAGGCCCUGGUUGAGGAGAGGACGUCGGACUACCUGGAGCAGAAGAAGCGGGCGGAGGAUCUGCUGUACAUGAUGUUGCCGAGGAGUGUCGCUAACCAGUUAGUGAAGGGCCAGUCAGUGGCGGCGGAGUCCUACGAGCAGGUCACCAUCUACUUCAGUGAUAUCUGUGGCUUCACCGCCAUGUCUGCUGAGAGUACACCCAUGCAGGUUAUAGCACUGCUGAACGAUCUCUACACCACAUUCGACUCCAUUAUUGAAAACUUCGAUGUUUAUAAGGUGGAGACUAUCGGGGACGCCUACAUGGUGGUGUCGGGGCUUCCUAUACGGAACGGGAACCUGCACGCCAGGGAGAUCUGUCGCAUGUCCCUCUCCAUCCUGGACGCUGUACUGUCUUUCAAAAUAGGUCAUAUGCCCAACAGGCAGCUGAAGCUCCGUAUUGGCCUCCACACAGGGUCUGUGUGUGCGGGAGUGGUGGGCCAGAAGAUGCCGAGGUACUGUCUGUUUGGGGACACCGUCAACACUACCUCCAGGAUGGAGUCCAACGGAUUACCUCUGAAGAUCCACGUGAGUCCACAAACGAAAGAGGUGCUUGAUACUUUCCAUACAUUCAAGCUUGAGCUACGAGGCCCAGUAGAAAUGAAGGGUAAAGGUGAGAUCAUCACGUGGUGGUUAACGGGGGAGCACGGCCGGUAGUAUACGUUCACGUCGCAGUUGUUGCUGCAGCAAGUCUAGUGUGGUCAUGGUCGUGCCUGCCGAUGCGGUCAGGAAGGUGACAACUCUGACAAUUAUCGUCACUGGCGCCAUAUCCGAGGCUGUCGUAUUUCAACACCAGCAUUACCAGGAGCUGUAGUGGAAGCCAUCAUAUGCAGAUAGUCAGCAGCCACCUGGAGCCACAUGGAGCCAAACCAGUAUCAUUUCAGUAUAUUCAGUUCAUCACCAAUAUGUUGUGCCUGAAACCGACGGACGGAAACUUUGUAUAUACAAGCAUCACAUGGUGUGUGGUCGAUGAGUGAACAGGUACUCCAACCACAAAUUGGCAAACAAGAUCCGAUGUUCACACCGUGACACGAAUGGAUACAUGGAAAUCGUCAUGGAAUAUAUGCAUAGAAAGGUGAUGAUAGAUGUAUGCAAACAGCUGCCAUCAGUAUAUGACUUGGGUCUAACUGUCUAACUGUCAGUCCCCUGGCUGAAGCCUGACGGUGAUGACGACAGAUCAUGAUUAUGCUUGCUCAAAUACGUAAUAUGAUAGUUUUACAAAUGCUUUCUGUGUCGUCCUCUCGUGUGAUAUGUAUUUAACUUCUAAGUGGAUUUACACUACGGAACCUGAUGCUGUGCCCGCUCGUUGACAUCUUUUACCUGAAGGCUCCCUCGCUGAUGGCAAAGGAGUCAGACUCAGAAAAUUGCUCGGUCAUUGUGUUCCAUGGCCAUAUACCGAGGUGAACACUACAGAAUAUGCACACCUGGGGCAAACGUAUGCAGUCGGCGAAUCACAUAUCUGCCAUCAACAGGCCAACAGGGCCCUGUGUGUUGUCAUAUCGUCUAGCGCCGCAUCUUCCAGGAUGAUGCAGAAACCUUGGUUGCUAUGACAAUUAGUGGUACUUCUCGCACGAACGUAUUGCAUGUGCCGUGCCUAGUGUAACUGUUCUGAUAUUGUACUCUGGGGCCAUGGGUAUGCACAAAUGGUAUAGUGAUAAGCAGUGUCUGGGUAGGAAAGUGGAUAAAGAGUUCGGUCGUCGCACUGAAAGCUAGUUUGGAUUUCGUACAUGGGUCUAAUGUUUAUAACCGAGUGGUGGUGCCGCACGCAGUGAUCUUGCUGCGAUAUUGCUAAAGCUGAAGACAUUGCUUGACCAAAACCCAGAAUCAAAGGAAAUAUCACGUAAGUGUUGGAUUAAUAAUAGCAUUGAUAGGAAAAUAACGCAGAUAAAGUUUUGUGGAUUGUUCAAACGGAUGUUCCUGCACCACGAAUUUCAGAUAUCUGUGUUUCAUGAACAAAUCAAAUGUAACAUCAACGCCGUAUGGAAGCUUAACUGAAGCGAAUGUUCCAGCAAGAGGAAUUAAACCUCUCAAAAACACACACACACACACACACACACACACACACACACACACACACACACACACACACACACACACAACAACAACAACAACAACAACAACACAAAAACAACAAGAAGAAUUCACACACACCCUAACAUGAAGGAAAUUCAUGUUAGUUUUGUUAAGACAGCCUUUGUUAGAAAAUAUGGGUUACACUCAACUAAUGGAAUACAAGAGUACUAAAAGGUUUGAAACGAUUUUGUUACGAAGGCUCAGUUUCGAUGAACUAAUUUCCAUAAUAGCAGAAUCAUAGUUCAAUGUGUCAUAGUAUUUAUCAGAAGGUUAAAUUGGUUUAAUUUAUACUGAACAAGUUAUACUGAACACCAAUGAAGUUCUAACGGUUGUAGUUUUGUGACGAAGGCUUCACCAAAAUGAGUGUGGUAUAAAGGGGGUUAUACUGAACUUAGUCUAUAGGUCAUGGGAAACAACAGUUACUCUUAAACAGUGUAGUUUUGUUUCAAGAGGCUAAUCCAAAAUGUGUUAUUCGGGGCGAGGUGCAUUGAAAUAUAAUUCAUAGAAAAAUGUAAGUUUGAAAAAGAAGAAAAAAAGAAGAUUUCGUUUAGAAGACUUAACUAAAGCGAAUGUGCUGUGCAGAAUGGUUAAUAUUUCAACUAGAUUUUUUAAUAUGUGAGUUUUUCUUAAGAAGGUCAAAACGAAUGUGUUAUACAUUAUGAGUUACAGAUACCUUAUUUAUAGGAACAUGAGAGGAAUCUAAACUUGGUAGUUUGUAUAAAAGACUAAAACGAAUGUCUUGUGCAGGAUACGUUCUUUUUAAAUGUAUUUCAAAAGAAAGCUAAAUAAGGCCUUAUAAUGUUAUGCUUUUUGUUUAAAAGGCAUAACUGAAACGAAUGUGUGCGUUAUAUAGUAACAUUUGAUAUUCCGAUCACAGGUUCUGAUAGUCUUGUGGACGAGUGUUUAGAUGGGCACUAUUUUGUAUACUGAUUGUUGAAUGUAGUCAUACUUAUAGCAACAUUCGUAGAUCACCUGACUUUGUGUAUAUUGGCACACUUCUUCUGUUGUGAUGGUUUUAUAUAAAUGUUAAAUAUGUACUUUGAUGAAGUUUCUCCCUAUUAUUAGACCAUCCUGUUCUGCUGUUAGCUAUAUGCUUUGUCAAAUGUUUGACUGUCUUUGAGACGAAACACGCUCGUCACGCCUCGUGGAUGACUGGACACUAUGCCUGGGUCAGUCUUGGCACCAUCGCCUGACCUUAUCUACCUUAACAGAUUUUCUUCCAAAGCCGCUGGGGUGGUGUGGUAGCCUCGUGGUUAAAACGUUCGCUCGUUGCGCCGAAGACCUAGGUUCGAAUCCCCUCAUGUUCAGUUAUCGAAGCAGAUGUCUGGGGUCCAACGCUUGAACAUUGCUGAAAGCGGCGUAAAACUAUAAUCACUCCAAAAAUGUCGGUGUUCCAGAAGCGGAAUAAGAAGAGUUUUUAAACAUGAUAUCCUCGUUCGAGUUGAUAAUGAUAUUUUAAUAACAGUGCAGAUUUAUUCCUGAUUUCAAGUACUGGUAAACUUUGAUAUUUAUCUAUCAAUUGGAUCCAAGUUUACAGAUUGACUAAACAAAGAGAAGGCUCCGAGUCUUAUUUGUUUCUACACUGCUUAAAUUGUGAGAUGUGUGAACCACAAUAGGAUCUAUAAUGAAAACUCCUCUGUCACCAACCUUGCCUCGGCAUUAUCCUCACUAUACAAAUUGUACCCAUUCUGGAAUACUAGUACUGGUCAGUUUUUGGAUGGAAUAUAUUUAUUUAUUUUUACAAAACAUGAUUUUAUUUAAAUAAACGUAUUUUAGAGUGAUUAAUCUUACUGGACGUCGACCCGAUUUAUAAUAUCUGGGUUUCGGCUAUACAAUAUACCAUGCCACACAUGAACAAAUCAUUAUUUGCAAGUUUGGAGGUGUACUCAGUAUUGCAGGUACGUGUGUCAACUGUACGUCUUUAAGUCCUAAAAUUGAUGAAUCUUUAACAGUUAGUCUGUUACAUCACCAUAUCUAUGUGUUUCUGUAAUAUUUCUAGUUUUGGGAUCGUCCAAAACACUUCUUGUCCAUUUGGAGUGUUUGCCUAGACAAUGGUACAGAUCAUCUUGUGAUUCAGCUAUUGUCUUGUGUCAUCUCACAUGCAGUGCUAUUGUAAUCAAUGACGGAUUUCCUUCUACGUUAUUUACACUGUUGCUCUCGUUCAUUUUGACUGACUUUUCAGUAACACAUGUCUAGUUCUACCGUCUUCUGUGUAAUUAUCGCCCCGGGGGUCUACCAAACAAGAAGCCAAACUGUUGGUAUAUAUUAGUCGUAGAUGUUGUCCAGGUGUCAUUAUGAGGGGUACAGGCAAUUGUAGAAUUUCUUGGCUUUAAGGGUAGGGGCGUUAAUUACAUAUAUUACUGUAGUUCUGCUUCGGCAGAUGUUGGUGUGCCGAUGCUUUACACGUGUACAAUAAAUGCACUAUCCUA